AAUGGACCUAGACGAAGUAAUAAGGAAGUUGCGGUCAUGUGUGAUAUCAUGCAAGGGUGGUAUCAAACUAGACAAUUUAAGGACGGACUAUCGUAUGAUAACAGGAGAACUAUUACCUUUUAAACAAUUUGGAUUUUCUUCUGUCGAGGCUUUCGUACGCAAUAUACCAGAUGUUACAGUGAAUAGAAGAAAUGGAGAACUGUUUGUGGAAGCGCUACCUUCGAAAACAUCGGCGCAUCUUACAAAAUUAGUUUCGCGACAGAAGAGUACACGACGAAAAAUACGACCGCAACCAAAAAAAUGGACUCCACCCCGACAUGCGAAAGGUUUUUCGUCUGGUUUUAAAAAUAAUAAUUUCAACAGUGGUUUUCAGCCUGCUAGAAGUAAUUAUGUUACUACUUCUCACAGUUCCUUUACUAGAUCAACACCCGAGAAGAAUAACUCGUACACAAAUGUUACCAGACCUGUACCUCUUAUGGAAAAUAUAGUACAGUGUCCAUAUUCGCUCAAUAACACGAAACCGAGUUUCACUACACCACCAAGUUCUCCGACUAUAUCCACUUUUCCCAAAAGACUGACUGAUAAGGUGACAAUUCCAAGUGUAGCAACUAUAAACCAAAGUGUUAAUAAUUAUAAAACUGUUAAAGAUAAUAUAAAAACUGAAGUAUUAAAUGACAAUACAGCUUCGUCUGUGAUAAAUCAAAAGCCAAAGACUGUAGAAGCGAAAACCUCAAAAUUAAGCGACAGGCUCAGAAUUACUCCUCCUGAAAUACCUUUACCACCAAUUAAUAACUACAACAAUGGUUAUACAUCUGUUCCACCCAUUUUUGAUAGUCCACAGGAUGAAGAGGUUGCACCGCCAUCGGAGGCUCUUGAUUCUCGGAAAGAGUUGGAAGUUCUCGCUAACAUGUUAAAUAUGCCACUACCAUUAUAUAAAAUGUAUUCAAAGAAAGAGAAACAUUCUGCUAAAGUCACCAUCUAUGCCAGUGUAAAAGCUGGUGAGCAUACAUUUCACACAUACCCGGAGGACGCAGCGACUGAAGAGGAAGCCGAGAAAAUGGCAGCACGUUUAGCUUUGAGACAUUUUGCUAAGGAAUCGAUGAGUUCUGAAGUAACAACUGUCGAUACGAAAUUGAUUAAAAAACGCAUUUUAAAUAUUAUAACCACGCAUCAUAGUGGAGUCUUCAUGCAUCUAUUACCGGAAUAUUACAACGAACAAUAUGGGGAGGCUCUGCCCCACAAUUGGCAAACAAUUAUUGAAGACUGCAUAGAUAUAAAUCAAGAAAAAGGUGUUGGGGAUUCCAUGAUACUGUGCCUACAUUCUCCGACUUUGAAACGGUUGGACAGUAAUUCCGCAUCCAAGAAUAUUCCUGAGAAUAUUCUUCUAACUAACAAGAAAAUACAAUUGAAUCCGAUUGGGCCUGCCACGCCCACUGUAUUGCCAGUACCUGAAGCACUCAUUUGGCAAGUAUAUGUUACUUACGUUGUAAAUACUGUUGAAAUUUGGGUUCGACUAGGCGAUGACAAUAACGAAUUUGUUGAUAUGACAAACGAAAUGACAAGUUAUUAUGAUAAAAUAAGUAAAUCCACCUCGUCCGCGGCAUGCGUGCCUGGCGAUUUUUAUGCCGUACUCGAGGAAAAUUAUUGGCAUCGAGUUCAGUGUACAGAUUAUAACAAUGAAACCGGAAUCGCCACGGUUUUCUUUAUUGACGAGGGAUACGUAGAGCAAUAUAAAUCUGACGUGUUGCAUCCUUUGGAUAAGAGAUUCAACUCUCUUUCAUUUCAAGCUAUGAGAGUAGGUCUUCAUGGAUUAAAGGAAUUCCGUGAUUGUGUCCAGUUAGUAACGGAGAUCGAAAAUUAUCUUUUAAUCGAUCAAUUAUUUUACGUGAAAAUACAUGGUAUGGAUAGCGAUGAAUACGGCUCAUACGUAACAGCAACUUUUUGCGAUACCAGCAAAGGGGAAGAAGAUAUUGAUGUGAACCAAAUCCUAGUUGACAAAAUUUUGGAGAUCAUGGAUAAAGAACUAAUAUCCAAAAUGCGUGUGGGACAAUUAAUCGAAGAAUUAAAUAUCACGCACAUAGACGAACAUGGUAAAGUUUAUGCGCAAUUAAAUUCGUUCAUCAAAACUGUAUUGAAUAACGAAAAUAUGUUGCAACUUGUUACAAACAAUACAAUGGCGAAUGAGAUUAACUUUACGAAAACGUACCUUGCGAAGUGGAAUUUGCAAUUAUACAGGGCGAGAGUAACUAAUAUUCUUGACGAGCAAAACGUAAUGGUAUCUCUGAUUGACGUUGGUAAAACUAUUUCUAUACCAAUAGAAAAUCUAUUUCACAUAAACAGAAUAUCAAAGGCUGUACAGUGCAUCCCUCCACAGGCAAUGCUGAUCUUUCUGCACAAUAUUGACCAGUCAAUGUACAACAAGAGAUUCGUGGCAAGAUUCCAUGAAUUAGUUGCGGAUACAGAUAUGCUUUUAGCGAGAGUUAUUAGGAUCACCAAUUCUGGAAUUCCAAUAGUAGAGAUUUUUAAAAGAGUUGGACCGAGUAAUAUGUUGGCUUCGAUAAAUACAUCGCUAAUUUAUACCAGCGAACUAUCAAAAAUCAACGAUGAUAGCAAUAAUAAUAACAAGUCCAAGAAACGAUUGGAUCGCAAGAAUACUCGCGCACCCGAGAUCGUCGGCAAAUUGAAUCCACCUGUAAUUUCAGACAUCGGUCAGUAUUUUGACGUUCAUGUAACAUUGGUUGCGCAUCCAGGACAUUUUAUUGUACAACCAUUGAACAAUGCUAGCCAGUUAAGAGAAAUGAUGAUGGACUUACGACAAUACUAUGAUACAAACGAUAAUACACCUUUGGAGUCUAUCAGUGAAAGCAAACUCUAUGCAGGAAAAUUCCAAAAUGAAUGGUAUAGAGUAUAUGUUACUGAUAUUAUUAGUGUUAAUGAAGUAUCUGUAUAUUUCUGUGACUACGGCGAUGUGACGAUAAUAUCUUCCAAUAAUUUGCAACCAUUGGCGAGUAAAUUCAUGAAAUUACCAUAUCAAGCAGUAAAGGCUAAACUCGUUGGAAUAGAGCCUGUAAAUGUUGACUGGACGGUAACCGACUGCGUCAAAUUUAAGGAUUUAGUACUUGAGAAGAAUUUUGUCUCUAUAAUCAUGGAGUCAGUAUUUGACAAUCUCUCGCCAGUCAAUGGUACCAUGUUGGGUUUAAAACUGAUUGACACCAGCACUGAAAAAGACAUAUACAUUGAUAACUUAUUAGUAGAAGAAAAGCGUGCCAAAUAUAUCGAAGGAGUUGAAGGUCUUCCUUCUUAGCCGGUUACAUUAGUCGAUACAAAUAUCUAUUUUUUUCUUUAUGAGUAUGUUGUUGUUAUCCUACAAUGCCGUGAUAAUGGAUCGCUUCUAUAUCUAUGAACUUGUCAUGAAAGAACGACGCAAUGAAAUUUUUAAUAAAAAACCUAUGAAAAUAUCUCCCUUUGAUUUUGGUGAGCUUUGAUUAUGUUGUUUUUUAAACAAAAAUA